GCUCCACAUCCUCCACGCACAGCUGUGCAGCGGAGCAGCAGGCCUGGCGGCGGGCCAGACGGCGGCUCUCGGAGUCCUCAUUCCUCAGAGGUGGGUCAUCGCGGGGGCUGAGUCACGCGCUGGGCCCGCUUAAAAGGCGCUGCAGCGAGCGCCGAGCGGAGUCCGCCGUGGGAUCCAGGGGGGAGAACUUUUUUGUCCAGCUUCGGUUCUGGGGAGUUCGGAACAGAACGGAGCCAUGGAGCGCGUGGAGCUGCUGCUGCUGCUGCUGUUUUCCGCCCUCGGCGGCGCUGUGUGCGCGGCGGUGCAGUGGAGGGAGCUGAACGAGGCCGAGGCGUAUCUGCGGCGCUACGGCUACCUGAGCGGCCCGGCUGACCCAGAGCCCCCUCAGUACCUGGAGGAGGUGAUCCAAGCUCUCAGCGUCUUCCAGAGGGUGAACGAGCUGCCACCUACUGGAGAGUUGGAUGAAGCCACUCUGGAGGUGAUGAGGCAGCCCCGCUGCGGCAUGGAGGACCCCUUCAACAAGAAGCUCCACAAGUACAGAGUGAUGGGUCACUGGAGGAAGAGGAGUCUGACCUAUCGCAUCUACAACUACACGCCUGACAUGAAGAAGGCGGAGGUGAGGGCCGCCGUCCGCGCCGCCUUCAAGUACUGGAGCGACGAGGCCGCUCUGACCUUCAGAGAGGUCGACUAUGGCAGAGCCGACAUCAGGAUCUCCUUCCACGGGAAGGACAGAUACUGCUCCAGCCCGUUCGACGGCCGCGGUCACGUUUUGGCCCACGCUGAGUCGCCGGAAUCCGGCCUGGUCCACUUCGACGAGGACGAGUUCUGGACGGAGGGGUCGUAUUACGGCACCAACCUCCGGAUCGUGGCCGCCCAUGAAAUCGGCCACGCCCUGGGACUGGGUCACUCCCAGUACAGGAGCGCCCUGAUGGCGCCCGUCUACGCCGGCUACCGCGCCAACUUCAGGCUGCACUUCGAUGACGUGACAGGCAUUCAGUCGCUGUACGGGAAACGCUUCUCCAGUACUUUAGCCAGUCCUACUCCUCCCCAUUUACCCACAGACAGCAGCCAGGACUCUGAGGUGACCCCUGACCCCUGCACUGCCUCUCUGGACGCCAUCAUGUUGGGUCCAUGGAGGAAAACCUACGCCUUCAGCGGCGACUACGUGUGGACAAUCUCGGACCUGGGACACAACACUCCCAUGAGAAUUGACAGGCUGUGGAGGGCGCUGCCCGGGAACCUGGACGCAGCCGUGCACUCCCCGAGAACCAACAAGACCUACUUCCUUAAAGGCAAUAAAGUGUGGAGGUACAGCAGGUUCCUGCUGGACCACGGCUACCCCAAAGAGCUGAAGCGGAUCCCUCCUCAUAUUGACGCAGCCCUGUACUUGGAGAAGAACAAGAAGCUGGUCUUUAUUAAGGGUUCGGAGCACUGGCAGUGGGACGAGCUCAAGUACACGGACCUGGCGAUCUACCCCAAACCGCUGUCCAUGCUCUUCAGCGGCGUGCCGUCCAGCCCGGACGCAGCGCUCACCUGGACCAACGGCAAGAUCUUCUUCUUCAAGGGGGACGACUACUGGCGAGUGAACGGGCUGCUGAGAGCCGAGAAAGGAUACCCGCUGAGCAAGAGGCAGCGCUGGAUGCGCUGUUAGCGGCAGACCAGCAGGGGGCAGCAGGCCCCGGGGGGUCAGCAGGAAGGCCUGCUUCCGGUCGAGGGGCCUCUACAACCUCACAACCUCAACAGACUAACGAAGCUCAUUCACAAACGCUAAGCUGGCAUCAAGUUGCAUCACUGGUGUAUAAUCGUUCUGCAGUGAGGUCACUGAUGGGAAACUCUCCAUUCUGCACAAUUAUUCCUUUUCUACUUCCUUUUUCUUGAAUAUUUCUGCUCUGUGGGUUAUCUGUGUACUGAUGUCAGUACUUCUUAGUAUUUGUGAAUCUCACAUAGUACAGAAAAGAAAGUACUGUGGAGGUUGAGUUCACACCACUGGAUUUCAACCAAGCUCGUACUUCCCCAUGUCGCAGGCAGAUUUCUGAGGCCUGUGUGUUUGUGUGACUGUGAGAAUUAUGUAAGAUUUUAUAUGAUGUCAGGAGAAACCUUAUGUUUUUCUCUCUGACAUGUGUGUUAGAUUACGUUUCGUAAUACUUUUGCUAAAAUGUAAACCGCUGAUGGGAGUGUGCACUUUGUGCUUGACAUUGUUGAACCAAUGAAUCAAUAGUUUGUGAGAAAUCGCACGACAGAAAACUGUUUUGCUUUUUUAUAUGAAAAUUAAAUGUUUUGCAUCAAUAAACAUAAAAAAUGA